CAUGAUCCAUGCUCGGAGGCUCUGACAGGGGUAUCAAAAUCUGGGGUUCUAAUCUAAAUACCCCGUUUUGCCGUCCGUUCUUUUAAUCUUGCUCUGUAAAUCCUUGAAUUGCCCUCUAUAUCCAAUCAUGACCUCAAUUAAGAAAGGAACCGCCCGUCGGUCUGGGCCUUUUCUAUUUUCCUCACGCACGAGGACUACCAAGGACGUGCCUUCGGUGAAACACCUGCUCGGCGAGCUUGGGUUUGGCGAUUCUGCAGAUAAGACGCUACUCAAUGAGUUCAACGUUGCUCGUAGAGUUCACAUGAACAGUUUCUUACGAGAAAAGAUAAUCGACGAGAAAGAUAUAUUGGAGUGGUCCGAGCCAUGCAAGUACAAGCUUCGCAGGAUGGUCAAGGACUUCCUUGUCAGACAAAACCAAGGUCCUCGUUUCUGGCCCGAUGAGCCUUCUGCUGCAAACACCAAGAAGUACCGGUUCUCACAGGAUUCCAAACAGAUCAUUAAAUUAUUGAUGAUGCUGUUUUUUCGACAGCUAUACAACAGAAGAGCACACGAUAUAAAGGUUCGCAAAGAAAAGAGGCGUACCAAUCUCUUCGAGCGAGGGGGGGCGCCUGACGAGCCUAUUGCCCUUGAUCUGUCUAGCGAUGAGUCUGAUUACGAAUACCAAGUAUUUGAUGCUCCAGCAUCACCGAUAUCUGGUGAAUCUGGCCUCAAGAGAGAGCCUUCCGACUCUCCAGAGUUGCCUUCACUCGAGGAGAUUGGACCAACAGUACAGAGGCAAACUUCGCCUUCGAAUACUGUCACACCGCUACAGAGUGUGGUUCAGGAUGAGCAUGUGCACCCUGAGCCAACUCAUGCACCUAGCCAACCCUCAACAAUAAGCUCUGUGCUGCCAACCAAAAGGCCUCUAUCACAAUCCGAAGCGUCGCCGUUGCGCACAAAAAGCCCUCGCCCCAACGGUUUCCGUGGACUCACCGCCGAUCCGUUCUCUCGAGAUGCUAAUGUUCGGCUUGAAUCAGUCGCCCGAGCAGUUCCUCCCAGACAAGACCCUCGGAGGACAAAUCGAAAAUCUGUUCCUGCGCCUUUUGCUCCAAUGGGUGAAGAGUCAGUGACGAUUGACAUCCAGGAGCUAUCACCAGAGACAGAAAAGGGCACCACGGAUGAGAUCGUCUGUGGGUUCAAAACUGCGAUACGAGUAGUUCCACCUACUGGAGAGGAUAGCAGUACUCAUGUUCCUGAAAAUGGAACAGAGAAGACAGGUACAGACCAGCCUGUAAAGCUUGGAUCUACCCCACUUUCUCAGAGAGAUACUACUGCCAUGUCUGGGGGAGACAUUGAAGAGCCCAAGAGUAUCUCAUAUGACACAGCUGCGGCCAGGCGCUUACUGAGCUCCCAUCUCCGUGGUUACACUCAAGAUACUCCUACUCCUAUUCAAUUCUCUUUUUCCUUUCAUGAUGGUGGCCACGGCGACCCCUUCAACAUUUCAGCAGUCGACUUCUUCUCGAUGACCCUCAAGCAAUUUGUGGAAGUUCUACCCAUGAGCCAUAAAGAAAUGAUAACAGGGUUAUGCAUACGCCAAUACGGUCCCAAGUUCUGUCUCCGGCAAGUUUAUCUAUACAACGAGGAUGUUUUUGGGAACAUUCGUGAGCAGUUUCUUCGUUGUAUCGAGAGCGAUACGCGGGAUGUAAAAAAUCACGGAAAGCGGCUGGACUAUGAGAUUAGUAUUGAGCCGCUUAGAGAGUGAUUUGAGAAUACAUUUACGUAAGAGAUGGAUUGAUGAAUGAAGUGGAUAGAAGAUUGACAAGUGUCAAAACUCUGGUGCUGGCC